CGCUCCCCAAAUCUCCUGCGAACCGAUGAGAGUGGGUCUGCCAGUCUGCCGUUUGCAGCCUGCUGGUAUUAACUAUUAACUAUUAACUAUUAACUAUUAACUAUUGACCAGAACAGUUUUCCAGAAAACGGGCAGGCGGAGGCCCGUUCACCCCCCAGCAGACACCAAGCCGUGCCAGGCUCUGCGCCCCUGUCCUUAUGAUUUAAAAUGUUUUACCCCUAUAGAAGACUCUGGAAGCACCCAGAGGACUUUUUCUGGGUGGCAGCUGAAUUGCUCAGGGCUGAGGCAGCUCCGCUGCUGCUGGGCAGAGCUCUCUGCCCUUGGGAACCGCUUUGCUCCAACGAAGCUCAGCACCAUUUUAGCACAAAGAUGCUGGAAGAUGGAGCAAGAGGGAGAAGUGCCUGGGGGAUACAGUAUCCCCCAACCCCAGCGCAUAAGCGGCUGCAGAACAGUAGAGAAACACCCAAUAUAUUUAAAUGAGCCUGUUGACAGAGGAGAAGCGUCAUGGAACCUCAUGUGGGCUUGUUCUUGCCCUCACCAUGGGGGUAGAGCGAGACCGCAUCCGGCACCGAUCCGGCAAGCGCUUCUGCACCGCUGGACCCUGCGGCUGCACAGCCACCGAAAAUGCUGCCAAAACGUCCUUAAUUCCUGCUCCAUCCAGCUCCAGCUGCCCAGGUCCUGUGGGAAAGGAGAGGCGCGGCAAGCUCUGAUCGCCCAGUCUAUCAAACAUAUUAUUACGGCUCCUUUAAUCAUCGCAUCAAAGCUUUAGUUGAAGAGAAGCUCCCUAUGUCAGCCGUUUAUAAAUAGGCUAGCUGCCUCUCUCUGUCCCCUCGAGACUUCCAGCAUCUUGCUGGGCAUCACAGCGGCCGCCGAGACGCCUCGCAGGGAGGAUGAGCACUUGUCAGUGGUGGAUGUUUGUUGCCACCGCAGCUGUCACCUUGAUCCUAUACGCUCUCCUCUUACUGACACUUUACAUCAUGCUCAGCAGGAAAAUAGCCAGCCAUUCCUGCAGCAAGCAGGCGAGCGGCAGCCCCGCAGCACAGCCCCAACAGCCUCCGACCUCUUCGGCGGAAGGGAAAGGGGUGCAAAGACCGACCUUCACGGGGAGCAGCGACACGUCUUCAGAGACCUCGGAUGACUCGGACAGCAACCCUUCCUGCCCGCAGGACCCUCGCUCAGAAGAAAAUCUCAAUUACACAUCCCUGGUCUUCCCAGGGAAAAGCUGUGGGCCAGGCUCCACCGGGGACUACGAGAACAUGAAGACUGGGGCAGACUACGUCAACGUGGACCCCAAAAAGAGGAAAGCAGAUUUUUGGCUCUGCUCCAGCCCCGUGGCAUCCAAGUCCAUCGAGUACACCGAGGUGAAGCUCUGACUCCCGGGAUGCUGCGCGCGGGGUUUCGGGUCAGACCGCUGCCGUGAAGGGGAGAUGCCCGAAGCCUCCAGCAGCCGCGGGACCAGGGCUUCCCCUUCCCCUCGGUCAGUGCCUGGCACAGGCUGACGCCUGCCAGCUUUUAUUCCUUGUAACACUCUAACCCAGUGAUACAAUUUGCUUGGUAUUUUACUUAAAAGCAUCACUGUUACUGAAGGCUGCUGAGCGCAGGAUAGCAUGGGGAAGUGUUCCUCCUGCCCAGCCUGAAAUGUGCUCGCCAGUUUUGUGUGAUGGCCCUUUUUCCCAUUGCAUGAAAGCAAAUGAAACUUCCUUCCCUGCCCCUCAAAAUGGGAUGUAGUUCAGGGGCGGAAAUGCAGUGGUCUUCAAAAUACCCACCCGAACUGGCUGGCAUCUCCCCUGAACCAUGCUUUCUUUGCUGAUUGCUGUCAUAAAAUCCUUUAAAGUACAGCUCCUCCGCUGGCUUUCCCCUCGCUGCCCGCCAAGCCCUGACUCAUUGCCUUCCCCUGCACCCCUUUUUCUCUGAUGCUCAAAGUCUUUCCAAGUCCCCGUCACCCUCAGAGCUGUUGUUGGGGCUGGGAUGGCCGUGCAGGCAGCUUGACCCCCCCGUCCAUGCAUGGGGGGGAUGCCAGGGCCAGGGAACGAGGGUGGCCUUGCUGGGGAGCUUCCUCCCCCAGCUGAAAGCCACAGUCAUCAGCCCAGCUGGCAAAUGGCUGAGGGCUUCCCAGGGGAUUUAUAUCCCCCCUCCCCAGCUGCAGGACCUGGGCUGGCUGCUGGUCCCUCUGGGCUGUGAGGGACACAGGACUGGACCACAGAGCUCCAUGUGAGCAUAGGCACAUCAAAUCCCUCUGUAUCUUCUGGGGAGGGAGGAUAUUCCCUGUCUCCCCCCUUUUCCUCCUUUGCCCCUGUACCGAAUGCCCUGGGUGCAGGAGUUGGCUUCUCCCCCAGCCACGUGGUGCCUGCACCCAACAGAGCUUUGGGGGGGGGGGGGGUCAGUGCCCUGGGCUGGGGCACACGCCACUGCUCCCCCUGUGAUCUGACACCACGUUUCAUGUUUUCCUUAAGUGUCAGAUGAAUUCCUAGGGGACUUGGAGUACAGCGCUGCAAUUUUCUCUAACAAAACUGACUUAGGCGCUCUCCAGCUUGCAGAGAUAAACUUGGGUUUGUGAACUGAAAAUGCUGGGAAGGCCGUUAUGUUCUCGGAGGUGCUGCUUCCCCUGUUGUCAGUGAUUACAUUUGUCAGGUCACCUUCAUGCUCCCGAGGUCCUGGAGAGCCAGCGCCCGGCCAGCCCUGCCUGCAGCUGGGGCUUGCUGUCCUCAUUCCGCUGCAGCAAAAUUGCUGCUGCAAAUGGAGCUGGUUCCCUCCCAUCACUUUGCAUUUUGUUACUUAUGAUUUUUUUCAAGAAAUAAACUUUCAAAGUGCUGGGGAAAGGGAACUGGGACCUCUACUAGGUUGAUGGAGCCGCUGGCUUCCUGCACAGCCCCUCUUCAUCAGGGAUGGAGCUGCCCCAAGCGCACUUUGAAUCGGCUUGGCAGCGAUGUGCUUUAAUGAAAGGUUGUGAGACGAUUGAUUUGGUAUCGAUCCUGGGGAGGGCUCGGAGGUUAGGCACUCCUGGUUUUGUGACCUUGUUGUGCAGAUCUGGAUCAAUUUGAAGGGCACAUGAAGGAAAAGGUUCAAAAAACCAAACAAUCUCUGGGAAGUGUUGCUAAAGGCCAGGAGAGGAGGGUUUAUGGAACUGGAGAUGAGGUCAAAACCAGCUAGUGGGAGUUUCUGCAAAAAUUGAUUCAAAUGUUUUGUGAUUAAAAUAUGAAAAUACUUUGAUUUCAAAAUACUUUAAUCU